AUGAAUUCAAAAAAGAAGCUGGAUCUACAAGUUUUGUUAAAGCUUGACACAGUGAAAAAUAAAAUAAUACUUGCUGAGGUUUCACGAUUACUGCCUCAACAAGAUAAAGAAAUUAUCGAUUGGAAAAAAUUGGUAUAUAUUUGCAAAGAUUGUUUUGAUAAACGAUAUAAUGUUUUUUUUGAUGAGAGGGAUGAUACUACUGAUAUAGCCAGAUCGAUAAAUGUCAAGUUAGGAAAAGUUACUGUUUUAGGUAUCCAAUUGGUUAUACCAUUACGUAUUUCCUCACGCCCAAUAGUUAAAGAAUUUUUAAAGAACGCCCUUAAAAUGAGGUUCGUGGUAAAAAAAAUUAUUGCAAUAUCUGUUGAUGUGAAGGACGAAAUUAGUCUUUUGCCGGUAACUGAAGAUCGGACUCCAUCAACAUCAUUGAUGUCGACAACAUAUUCUCUACCAAAAAAUUUUUAG